AUGGCACCCAAGAAGCGGUUGGAACCAGGCGGCGCCGCUGCUCAGUCGGCGGCGGCGAAGAAAAGCAAAAUGGCUGAUAUGAACAGCAAGCUGAACAAGGACUAUUUUGCUGAGUUAGGGGUGGCAGCGGCCCAUGUGAUGGGCUUGCCGCAGUUCAAGAACAUGCGUGGUGCCUCGGCCAAUGCGAUAGGGAAGGGUGGUGUGACCAACCAUUUCGACGUCAAUGCCUUCAAGAAAGCGGUGAAAGAUGAUUCAUCGGGCGGCGCGUAUGUGUGCGCUGGUGUCCUGCCCUGGAUCAAUGAGCAAUGGGUGCCAAUGCCUGGUCUCCCACACAACAUGGCGGUGGUCAAGCGCCUUGCUGAUGACAUCUAUCACGACCCAGUCCUCCAUGCCAUGUGGAUGGCAGCCUACAGAGACUUGCAGGAUGUGUCCGCUCCUGAUCAUGACGAUCUGGCUGCGAAGUGGUCUGCGAGAUUCCUGCGCGUCACCUUCAAGUUUGUCCUUUUGAAGACAGACCUCGACAUCUUCCACGCUGUUGAGAACAAGCGAGAGAAGAUGAUCUCCGCCGGUGCUGCUGUCACUAGCUCAGGCUUGCAGAAGGUAAUCAAGGUCAUCAAGUACAAGGAGAAGUAUGAGGCGGAUAAUAACGUGCAAGACCUCAACGCUUUCCAGCUCUACAAGCACAUGACAGACAACAUUAAGUUCUCCAGUUACUCUGAGCCUGUGACGGAGACUUAUGUGAAAGAAGCCACAGCUGUCUACGACAAAGCGCUGUCCAUUUCUGCUGUUUUCGACAUUGUCUCCGGUUUGGGCAAGGAUUCCCCUUUCGCAUAUGUCGGAGCCUUGCACAAGAUGGCGACGAAGGUCAAGGACUCACAGUCGAUGACCUGGCUCUUUGCAGCAUGUGCGGACUGCCAGAGGAUGGGGUUUGUAGAGAGUGGGGCCUUUUCCUUACGAAGCUUGCAGCCAGCAAAUGGCAAGCGCGGCAUCCUUGAUCUUCUGCUGUUCAAGAAGACCAUGCGAGAUUACUUGGUUGACUCCUGGAUGAACCGAAAAGCAUUCCCGGAUGCGGUGAAAGCAUCCAUUCGGCAGGUGACUGCAACCCAUGCAGCAUACCGGAGCAUGCUGCGACCUUACAGCAUGGACCUCCAGGGCAACCCCCUCGAGCCCAACCCUGUCAACUUAGAGUGGAAGAAGGGAUGGCCACGAUCUUGCGAGCUGUUCCUGCAGCUCGUGGAAGCAGUGGCCUUCGACACUGAGUUUGACCCCAGCCUCAAGAAUGGCAUCAAGAACCGAAAAGCUCCUGACGAGCUUCUUGAAUAUGUGCAGUUCAAAGAGAAGGUCGUUGACAUCGAGACGGCGCUGGAGAAGGAAUCCAACAGACCCCCAACAGAGACAGCGGCGACGGAUGCUCACACAGUGACAGGUGGUGCUGCAGGAAGUACCCAGGUGCAGGGCUCGGAGGGUCAGAAGGAUGAUGACGAGGACAAGGUCAACUUCGAUCGCCGCUGGCGGGAUUAUGCUGCUCGUGUGGUCGACAGCUACUGCAAGUUCUUCUCAGAGCCUCAGACGGAGACGCAGCUCGCGCAGCUUCUGAAGAACACCGACAUGUCUAAGACGAGCAAGGGGGUGAAGGGCUCUGAUUGUGUUGCGGCGCUUUUCACCUGUGGUUUGAGCUCAGAGGCUAUCACCGACCCGCAUCUCCGUGGAGCUCCAUUCAAGAAGGCACGACAGCAUCUACAUGAGAACGAUGGCGGCCUUGGUCCUGCCGAUGUGUUCUUCGCUUUGGACAACCAGAAGCCUGGCUUGCAGCAGAAGUUCACAGAUUUCUUGAAGGAUUCCAAUGGCAAGAAGGAUCACUUGCAAAUCCGGAAGUUCACCCUGGUCUAUGACUUCGACAGCGUGCGUGCGCGCAAGCUUCGGGUCAAGGGCCUUGGCACUGUGAACCAAACGGAGACGAUGCUUGCGGUCACAGCCGGCGAGGCCCUCUCCAUACCAAUCCGGAAACACAAGCAUUACUUGGACACCAACAACGGAUCCAUCAUCGGUAUGGUGAAGCUUCCGCCAUACAUCAAGUGCUGGACGAUGAAGUAUGAGCAGAAGAAGUUGUUGUAUGGGAAGAUGAGGGUGCCAGUGGGCGGCAAGGAAGAGCAGGAUGGGGAUGAUAACGACGAGGAAGAUGGUGAGAAUGAGGUGCCUCCCACUGUGGACGAUUUUCAAGCUGAUGCCUCCAAGAAGCAAAGGGCAUCAACUCGUGCAGCAGACAACAUCGAGCCAGUCCACUAUCACACCCUGCCCGAGGAGUUCUUUGACAACCUGCAGGAUGUCUUUUUCGUGAAGGACCUGUAUGACUUCACCCCUUCGCCUGAGGCUGCCCUUGCGCUUCUCAAGGCCAAGAAGGGCUACAUUGGCAUUUGCUUCAACGACUUCCACCAGAAGUUGCUUCGGGAGUAUGUCAUUGAUAAGGUGUUGGAGUCUUUCGGCACUGCCAAUGAUCCGCUCUUCCAUGCAUCAUAUGCGGCCGGCUUGAAGAACACCGCCAGUGCUGUGCCAACGCCGUGCAAGAAGAAGAAGAAGCGCAAGGACACGCCAUCUGGCGGCAAGAAGAGCAAGGACGACAAGGAAAAGAAGACAAAGCAGAGUGGCCCACCAACUCCUGACCCUGAUGAUGAUGGCAGUGAUGACAGUGAUGAAGCAAGCCUAGUCUUCCAGGACAAUGAUGAUACGGAGGACAGUGACUUUGACAAUGUAGCGGCGCCUGGCCCAGUGAUGGCGACUGGGCGCUCGGACGAGCGGCCAAUUCUGCUUGGGACCUUCUUUUCCGGAAUCGAGACGCCUUCUAUCGCAGUGCACCAAGCAGGAUUGUCCUCGAAGUUGAUGUUUGCAGUGGAGAAGGAGAGGUCCCUGAGGGACUUCAUAAGUGCCGCAUUCAAGCCGCAGGUUUUGGAGAAUGACAUCGAAAAGGUUGACUUUCGCAGCCUUCCCCAUUGCGAUAUCCUAGUUGGAGGUCCACCCUGUCAGUCUUUCUGCGUUGGCGGUAAAGGCUUAGGACUGGAGGACAGCCGAGGGCCUUUGUUCUUCAAGAUGGUGGAACAUGCUGAAGAUAGGGCAGCAGCUUCAUUGUCGAUGCCUACGGCGAUCAUCACUGAGCAGGCUCCGACCAUCUUGAAGAAGUAUCGCAAGGUGUACAAGCAGUUGAAGACAAGAUUUAAGUGUCUUGGCUUCAAGGUGAAGGCCAACACCCUUGCCACGAACGACUACGGCCUCUUGCAAAACAGGAACCGUGCCUACAUUGUCGCCUACAAGCCCCUGCCUGGUCGAACGUUUUCGUUUCCCAAGCCAUUGAAGAACAAGGUGCCGAUGAAGUUCAUGCUGAAGCGCAGGAACAAAAACACCGAACCGGCAAGCUGCUCCAGCAACCACAACAAGAAGAUGCUCGAGAAGGCUCUGGCACAGAUUCGGACGGAAGGUUUGGACCCAUCCUCGCAAACGAUUUUCGUGGACAUCGAUGCCUCAGAGAAGUUCCAGCAGUGGCGGUUGGGUGAGAGUCCGACCUUGACCCGAGCUCGGACCAGUUCCGGUGGCUGGUACAUCUCAAAUUAUGGCCGCAGGAUGGACACCGAGGAAAUGCUCAAGUUCCAGGGCAUUGCCUUUGGCUCGCUGCGGGGCAAGGAGAAGGUGAUCAGCAGAAGGGCUCUUAACACAGCCAUCGGGAAUGCUAUGUCGGCAAACAUUCUCGAGCGACUCAUUCCGAGAGUUGCCUGGGUUACUGGAUGUAUAGCCUCGCCUCACCCAGACAAGUGGGAGGAGCCAAACUUUGUAAAGUCCGGCGGUCGCUUCUGCUAG